AUGAACGUGAACCCGAUAUUCGCAGACGAGCUGCGAAGCAGUGGAAUCACUCUUGCCGCUAGAGUGAGUGAAUUCAGAAAUCAUCGAUUAUUAGACAGUGUAAACACAAAACAUAGGUACUUGGAUAGUCGAAAAGAAUGUAUUUUGCCUAUGAGUAGCUGAGAACUUCAUAUUUUAACUUGAUUCAAUGCCAAAUGAUGGUUUUCAGUACCUCGGGAGUAUUCCAGUCAUGGUGUCCAUCAGUGAUAUGGUCUCCGAGAUGAGAAUCCAAGUCGUUACGUGAGCAUCUGAACGUAUAGCUUCGCUUCCAUAUCCAGUUGUUUUUCAGAGAAUGCAUAAAGCACGUAGCAGCAAGCGUGGGCCUCAGUCAGGAGACGGAAAUCAACCCAGUCGUCAGUCGGGUGAGCCAUUCUUCCUCGUUUUGUUUGUUUUCAAAGACCAUGCUUCUAGGUUAUAGGAGAAGUGCAACAGGACAAUUAUCCGGUCGAUUUGAACAUUUCCUCAAAGAUGCUCAGAAUUAUCAGAAAGAAUCGGCUCGUCCAGCGGAAUCCGUUCGCCUUUUUCUCUUUCGGAGCUCAAGGUCAGAAGGGAACGGACACGGAAUCCAUGUUCGGAUAUAUCGCAAAGAAACCGGAUGGAACGGACAGACGGUGCCACGUAAUUUCGUGCAGAGAUGUACAGAAAUUUAUGGAUAUAAUCACCGACGCGAUUACUGUGAACACCUUCGAUGCACGCGCGGCUGCACAAGCCGAAGGGAAAUCCACGGAUGGGUUCACAGAGCCGGCUCCCAGCGGACUGGACCCGAACAGACAGUCUUUCGUGUCGAAUGUGAGACCUUCGACGGUGAUGGACGAUGUGAAAAACCAGGUGUGGUAUCACGGAAAACUCUCGAGGGAUGAUGCGCACGCACUCUUAACCAGCCCCGGCGACUUUCUAGUGAGGUGAGAUCUUUGAAAAUAGAAAGAGUUCAUGAGAUGAGAAGAUUUCAGGAAAAGUGAUCACACUCCCGGACAGUUCGUUCUGAGUGGAAUUACGGUCGAUAACGAGCACAAGCAUCUGAUUCUUCUGGACAGUAAACAGGUAUGUCACAUGUUUCUGAAGCGUACUUUUUAAUUUAUAUUAAUUGAAUUGAAUUGAAUUGAAUUUAAUGGCCAGACGGCUCGGGCUCUGCCCGACGACCGAAAUUUUUGUCAACUUUAUCAAUUUUGUUGCAAUUAAUCAGAAAAUUGCCUAUCUGUAUCAUUUAAGUUGAAAAAGGCCCGGAAAAGACUGAAAUGUGGAAAAACAGUACUUCAAAUUCGAAAUUUUAGUAUCCGGGCCCGUAACAACUAUAGUAAAUAAAUUGAUUGUUUUCAGAGAGUGCGUACCAGAGACAGGGAGUUCAACAACAUUUCCGAGCUCAUCGAAUAUCACAUGACGAAUGGAAUGGCGGUCCGAUCGGAAGGAAGGGACCGCGAGACUUCUCUUAAUUUGAUCCGUCCUAUCCCGGCUCCCCGUUCGCAGCUCCCAAAAUAA